AGGCAGCCGCCAUGAUGGCGAUCUGAGGGGGAGCGCCGGCCCCUGAUCGUAAACGAGUUAAAAGUCAUGUCUGAAAACUUUUUCCACACCGCAGCUUGGAGGCUGGGUAGAGAAAAGGUGAAGACUUCUUUCUUCUGGAAUGAAAAAUUUCAAGGAAAAAUCUUCCAGUUUGGUCAGAAUUAUCUGCCAUGUGUGCAAAGGAUUUGAAACAGAGUCAUCAUCCCAGGAGGAAGUUGUCAUAUUGUGAUGCAGCUCUGUGAGUGGACCUGUCUUUGAUGGCUGUGGUGUCUUAUCUCCCGUGAGUUAGCAUCAGAUGAAGCUUGCUGACAGCAUAAUGGCAGGGAAAACCUCCGACGGCUCCAUCAAAUGGCAGCUCUGCUACGACAUCUCGGCCAGAACUUGGUGGAUGGAUGAAUUUCAUCCCUUCAUCGAAGCACUUCUGCCUCACGUCCGAGCGUUUGCGUACACGUGGUUCAACCUGCAAGCCCGAAAAAGAAAAUACUUCAAAAAACAUGAAAAACGCAUGUCAAAAGAGGAAGAGAGAGCCGUGAAGGACGAACUGCUAAGUGAAAAACCCGAGGUAAAGCAAAAAUGGGCAUCCAGACUUCUGGCAAAGCUCCGGAAAGAUAUCAGGCCUGAAUUUCGGGAGGAUUUUGUUCUCACAGUCACAGGAAAAAAGCCUCCGUGUUGCGUUCUUUCCAAUCCAGACCAGAAGGGCAAGAUGAGAAGAAUUGACUGCCUUCGCCAGGCAGAUAAGGUCUGGAGGUUGGACCUUGUUAUGGUGAUUUUAUUUAAAGGUAUUCCGCUCGAAAGUACUGAUGGCGAGCGCCUUGUAAAGUCCCCACAGUGCUCUAACCCCGGGCUGUGCGUACAGCCCCACCAUAUAGGAGUUUCUGUUAAGGAACUCGAUUUAUAUUUGGCAUACUUUGUGCACGCAGCAGAUUCAAGUCAAUCUGAAAGUCCCAGCCAGCCAAGUGAAGCUGAUAUUAAGGACCAGCCAGAAAAUGGACAUUUGGGCUUCCAGGACAGUUUUGUCACAUCAGGUGUUUUCAGUGUGACUGAGCUAGUAAGAGUCUCACAAACACCGAUAGCUGCAGGAACAGGCCCUAAUUUCUCCCUCUCAGAUUUGGAAAGUUCUUCAUACUACAGCAUGAGCCCAGGAGCAAUGAGGAGGUCUUUACCUAGCACAUCCUCUACCAGCUCUACAAAACGUCUCAAGUCUGUGGAGGAUGAGAUGGACAGUCCUGGUGAGGAGCCGUUCUAUACUAGCCAAGGGCGGUCUCCAGGCAGCGGCAGCCAGUCAAGCGGAUGGCAUGAAGUGGAGCCAGGAAGAGGAAACUCACUGGUCAAACCCUUGGACACCAGAAUAGUUGCAUGCAGUUUCCCAGGGAGCCAGAUAGCUCUAAAGCUUCCCAGAUAUCUAAGAAACCCCGAACACCGCGGAGCACUACAUGGAAUGCCAUCGCCAACUACAUUAAAGAAGUCAGAGAAGUCUGGUUUCAGCAGUCCCUCGCCUUCGCAGACCUCCUCCCUUGGAACGGCUUUCACACAGCACCAUCGACCUGUCAUUACAGGACCCAGAGCAAGUCCACAUGCAACACCAUCGACUCUUCAUUUUCCAACAUCACCCAUUAUUCAACAGCCUGGGCCAUACUUCUCACACCCAGCAAUCCGCUAUCAUCCUCAGGAGACUCUGAAAGAGUUUGUCCAACUUGUCUGCCCCGACGCUGGUCAGCAGGCUGGACAGGUGGGGUUCCUAAAUCCCAAUGGUAGCAGCCAAGGCAAGGUGCACAAUCCAUUCCUUCCUACCCCAAUGUUGCCACCACCACCUCCGCCACCAAUGGCUAGGCCUGUGCCUCUGCCAGUGCCAGACACAAAACCUCCAACCACAUCAACAGAAGGAGGGGCCACCUCUCCCACUUCUCCAACCUACUCGACACCCAGCACCUCCCCCGCAAACCGAUUCGUCAGUGUUGGACCACGGGAUCCAAGCUUUGUAAAUAUCCCUCAACAGACUCAGUCCUGGUACCUGGGAUAAAAGUCUCCGCUUCCCACCACCCACCGGACAGACCACCAGACCCCUUCCCACCUCUGUAACAUGGAAGCAGCAGCAACGCAGCGCAGCGACUUCACAUCGGCGGAAGGGGAGGCGAGCAGACACCGACAGCAAACUAGUACAUGGAAAUGGCAAACGUUAUGGUUGAAUGGCAAAGGCCGUAACUUUCUCGAGAUUUUAUUUUAUUUUUCUUUUUUUUUUUUAGACAACUUUAGGACUGUUGUAAUUUCUCAUAUGGUGCUGGAAAUGGUUGGGCUUCAUAACUUUUGAAGUGUUUCAUUGGUAGUGUAAGCGUUAGGUGACACUGAGUAGAACUAGCCUCUGCUGCUGCUUACCAACUCGCUGUUGUAACACACUUUCCAUAUGGAGCCUAACUGUUUUACAGUAUCCUCAUCGGAUUUUCCCAUACAGGUGUGAGACUUCUUGAGAAAUCAUGAAACACACUUAAACUAUAACUUUUGUAGUAGCUGAAUUCUGCAAUAUAUAACUUACCGGACAGACAUAGAGCAUGUUUUUCUGUAACAUAUCGGGAAAAAAAAAAUGCAGGUUUUUUUUGUUGUUGUUGUUGUUGGGGUUUUUUUUUCUUUUUUUUUUUUUUACAGUCGGCACUUAGAAACGUAACAUGAACCAUAAGAGCAUUGUCAACAAUUUUUUUCCACUCGAUUGCAGAGCGAUUUAAAACAUCGAACUACUACUAUUCACUAAAAAAAAAAAAAAGAAAAAAAAGAAAAAAGUUUGAAAUGCUGCACUUACAUUUAAAAAGAAAACAUUUUUCAACAAUUUUCAACAAUUACACAAAAAUUCACGCAGAAAUGGGGAAGUUGGUCUGUUUUGACAGAAACUGACAGGAAUCAAUCAAAACAAUCGAAUUUUGAAUUGAGUAAAGUGCAAUUUCAUUGGAUAGCUAAAUAUCUUUGUAAGAUAGAGAUUGUUGAAAAUUCUAUUUUUGUUUUCCAAGUCCUUCCACCCCAGGACUCUAAAUUAUUGGGGUAAAAAACAGCCUUGCAAGAAAAAGGGGAGCUAUUUUUGCUUUUUAUGUUUUUUAUUGUUGAACUUGUAUCCCUUUAAAACUGAAGGAAAAUUAAAAAAAAAAAAAAACAAAUCUAAUGGUGCUUUUACCACAAUAUGUUAACUACAUUAAAUGCUAAUUAAUCAUUUUCUGUUAUCAAAGCACAUAACUAAAAUGAAAUCAUAAUAUCUGUUAAUUUUAUAAGCUAAAAGUCACUAUAAUGGAUUAUGCCAAUUCUGACAAAUUUUACGUGUUUCCGGCAAUAUAGGGUUUAUCAGUUCUCAAACACCUUGGGAAUAAGAGAAAACGGUCCAGAAAGUAAAACACCUUUGUGUCCCUGAACUGGUACAUUUUCUGGACUGCAAAGAAAACAAUACAGAAACGAAUGAUGCUGAUCUUACAACUUAUGCCAGUUCAAAGCAAGGGCACUUGCUGAAGAAGAAAAAAAACAGACAAAUAAAAAAAUCUAAAAAAAAAAAAAAAAAAAAAAAGAAGUUUGGACCCCAAACGUCCUGUAUCUUAUGUACAAAAAAAAGGAAAAAAAAAGAAAAAAAAAAGAGUGCAAGUGAUUUUUUCUAUCAGACAGCGGAGCACCCCUUUGCUUCACAUGCAACUUUAAGAAGGUUUCCUAUACUAUACAUAUAUAUACGUUCUGGUUGGCGAGUCCAGCUAAUCAGAGAAAGUCUCUGCAUGUUCUAGUGUUAGUAACUAAUUUUUAUAUAGUUAAUGUAGGGUAAAGUAGAGUGCAUUAAGACACAAUAUUGUAAUCCCUAUUCCAGGCACUUGCCUUUAAACUAUGUUUGUUCGACCCUUCAGAAGGGUUUCUACUACUGUCCUAUACAAUCAAGUAACUGAAAUUCUUGGGAAGACACUUUGCUCCUCAUCUUUUCCCUGAAACAAUGUUUUGUUUUGUUUUCUUAAUUUGCACGAAACAAAAAAAAAAAAAAUUCCAUAUCAAUGUGCCUUGCCCUGGAUAGCGAUUAUUUGUGGAAUUGUUGCACAUGUUCCUAUAUUGAAAGGGGUUUUUCCCUAGUCAAGCAUUUGGAGACACUUUUUGUAAAUGUGACUUUUAUGUCAGCCAUUGUCAGUUCCAACAUCUAGAAUUAAAUAGGAUGUUAGUUGUUCCGCAGAUAGGAGUAGUGUUUAUUGUCCUGUAUGGUCAGUGGCAGUGCUAUUCUGAGAUCUGUAGAUGCUAGAUUAUCAGUAUUUUUGGAUGUUGCUGCAUUUUACCUUUUAUUUGGAGUCUUCCUUUUUUGUUUUGUUUUCUCCCAGAUAUAUGAAAAUAUGCAAUACCUGCUUAUAUCAUGUAGAAAAGCUUAGCAAUUAUUAAUUUUUCUUUUAAUUUUUUUUUAUUUGACCAAAGUUGGUGCUGCACUUGACGCAGUGUGUUUUAGGUGUUUGUCUUUGUACUUUUGUGAUUUUUGAAUGCACAUGCAGGAAGGGCUCUUCUUAGAGAAGCAGUCAAACUGUGAAGCACUAAGCUGAACCCUGCUUCAAGCAAUUUUUGUUUUACAACUGUUCCUUUCACAAGCAAGCCUUAAAAAAAAAAACUUCCUUUUUCUUCAGAUCCCACACCCAUUUUUAUUAGCAGACUGCAAUCAAUCCACAUUCAAUAAAAGUAUAUAAUGCCCAUUUUUAUAUGCACGUUUUUAAACUUCCAAGUUCUGAAAAUUGUUUACUGGUUAUUCUCUAUUUAAGGAAAAAAUAAAAUGUUUUGGAUUUUCAUAUGUGUCUGAUAAGUGGUUGAGUAGUCAUUUUGCUCUAUUGUAUUGUGUGAUUGUUAGUAUAUGGUAUCACAUCCUCUAGCCAGCAUCCUUUGCCUUCCCUAUAGCACUUAGCUGGGCAUUACUUUAUUAAGACAUAUGUGCACUAAAAAAAAAAAAAAAUAGCAGCUUUCAGUGCUUCACAGUGAAGGGAAAAAAGCCUAGACAAACAUUUUGUCAGAACCUUGCUAUGAGACAAGGUAUUACCAGUAAAUUGGUUGUAUAUACAAUAAAAUUGCACCCUUUUUUAAACAAAACAAACUAAGCAAUAGUUUGGGCAGUUAGUUGUUUUUAGUGAGCAUGUUGUAGUCAUGGCUGCAAAGAGAGAGAAUUAAACUGCCCACUCAGAAGAUAUGUAAUUUGUAUGUUGUAUAGUUUUAUUGAUUACACUGAUUUAUUCUACCCUAUUUUAUAAUGCAGGACUUUUGUAAUGUUGUUUAAAUGAGGAAAAAUUUCUGUCAAAUUAGCUUAGUGGAAUUUCUGAUUGUUCGUUAUAAAGGCAGCGUUCAUAGAAUUGCUUUUUUUUUUUUCCUUUGGGAACUGGAUUUAAGUUAAAAACUUUCCUGUUUCCUUUUUUUGUAUGUAUUUAAAUACAGUUAUUUUUCUUCUCUCAAUGGUAUAGCAUAUUCCUAUGCUUGAGAAGUAUAGGCUACUGAAGAACCAUUGUAAAUGGACAUUACAGGUAUGCUGUAUUUUUGAAGGUAUUUUUGUCAUAUUAAGUUUGAUGACGCUAAAGUUAGGGAACUCUGAGCAGAAUUGCGAGAAAAAAAAUGUUUUAAAGGCUUUAAAACAUUAGGUAGGAGGUCAAGGGUGUUAACCAACAGGGGUUGUAAAGUAUUACACACUAAAUUCAGUUUGCGUUCACCUUCCUCUCACGCAGGAAACGCGGCAGUUCCGUUCUGUGCAGGUGUAGAGAACAAACAGUGUUUUAGUCCUCCGAGGAGUGGGGAGGCAAGCAGGGAUGGGGCAGGAGGGAUGGAGCAUUCAUCCACCAUCCAUCCAUCCAUCCCUCCAUCCCGUGGGGGUGUGAGAGGGAGCGGGGCCAGUGGCUGGAGCCCCCUGAAGGGUCACAGCCCCGCUCCCGCUCCGGUCGCUCUUUUUGAGUCACAAGAACAACUUUUUUCCUCCCUGUCUCCUCUCCAGAACCGUCAGACGCACAAAUACUCUGACCUGUACCCACCCCCCGCCCAUCCAAAUUUAAAGCCCUAGGGAUGGCUUAGCGUGAAUUGACUUUUACUCAAGUUAAUUCCUUUGUUUUUCCCUCUUUUUUUUUUUUUUUUUUUGAGCAAGGGCACUUGCUUUUCUCAUGCCGCACACCCCAGCAAUGCCAUUAUUAUUUAUUCUUCUUCCUUUAUAAUAAAAACUUUCAGGCUUCAAGUUUAGGCAGCCAUGGUACACUUUGUCUCUGUUGCUUGUUCCCCCUCCCCUUGAGGUCGAAGGGGAAAAGAAACACCAAGUUUUCUCAACUCCACAGUAUUCAGUCAGCCCACAGGAAUAUGCAAAAUCCCUCUAACAUUUUUUUUUUCUUUUUCUAGUUCUCUUUGUUCCGUAUAUUUGCAGCUUUGUAGUAACAGUGUUAUAAAAUAUUUACUGUACAAAAAUACAAAAAAACCCAGAUACAUAGCCUAAAACAGGUUUUUUUUUCCUUGUGGUGAAUUAUUUUUUUUUUUAAGAAUGUCAGUUAAUAUUGUACUUUGCAUUGUGUCUCUGGAAAUAUCUUUUUUUUUCUUUUUUUUUACUGGUAGAAGGCCUCCAUCGAACAAAAUUAAAACCAUAACCGGCAUGACAAUGUAAGGAGAGCUUCAAUGGCACCUAAACAAUAAAUAAAUAACAAAAUCAACCUCAUGAGGUCUGUCGGAGGCAGGUCUUGUGAAGUUAACACUGCCUGCUAGGCAGGAUUUUCAUUAAAUCAAGCUUACAAUGCCAAUUUUGUCUUGAAGUCAAUGCAUGUAUUACUGUUUGACAGUAAACCCAGCUAUGCCAUCAUCAAGUCCAAGGCUGCGCAAUAGUCUAAUUAGUAUCGAGUACAUUUUCCUUUUAUUUUUUCCAAUAAAAAAGCAGUGGGAUGAAAAUUGCUUUGAUAUAUAGCAGGUAACAUUGAAGCUAUUCCAUAGCACUUAACUGUAGUGAAUACUGUGUCACCAAUUCUGAAAUCAAUUUAAUGUUUAAUGCAAAUCCAUUACAUGGUGCUAUUACAGGCUGGCAAAAUGAUUUACAAAAAUGUGACAACUUGGGCUCAAUUCACUCUGCUUUCCAACAAUGUAAAUGCAUAGCAGUGUUUAUCUGCAUGAAAACUAUGCACUAAUCUAUCUGAAAAAAAAAAAAAGAAAAGAAUAUAUCAACUUUGGUAUCUACUUUCCGUUUACUUCGAUCCUUGCCUUUUCGGUCAUUGUUAUAAUGCCAGCUUUAGGACAGAAAGAAUUAUAAGAAAACCAGCAUAAUACCUGAUAUAUUAAAAUGUAGUGCCUGUGAAAUCUGUAUUAUAUUGCUCUUCUGAAGUAAGAUUUUUCUACACCGGUAGCCUUCGCUGUCUGUCAGAACCUUCUGAUAUAG